UUUUUCUUUUCUUUUUUUUCUUUUUUUUCUUCUUCUCUUUUUCGUUGAUUUAUAUAUUCUUAACAAAAAUUUUUUUUCUCUUCUUUCUUUUAUCGACAUAAGUAGUAAUAAUGGAUAGUUCAUCAUAUAUAAAUACAGUUUCAGCUUCUGACCAAAUCUUUACUUAUGAUGAUAAAAUGAAUAACGCAAUAAAGUCUAAUCGAUACAUGAAUAAUAAUUAUUCAUGGUCAUUACUCGGUACAGAAAAUAAUAAGCAACAACAACAAACUAAUUUUAUGGAUGUAUUAAGCUCUACAGAAAUUGAUAUGACAAGUUUGGUUGAUCAACCUAUUUGGCCACUAGACCAAGUACAGCAACAGCCAAAUAAUUCGAUAGUUUCGUCUUUAAAUAACUUGUUUACUCCUUGGAGCUCUAAUAUUCAAAUACCUCCUACUAUUAAAGAGGAACCCUCAAUAAUAAAUAAUAAUAAUAGCAAUAACAAUAACAAUAAUAACAAUAAUAACAAUAUUUCUUUACAGCAGCAACAUGAAUCUCAAUCCUUAUUUAUGCCUUAUCAAUCUCAGUCACAGCAAUUCAUUCUUCCUCCUACUCCUCCAGUUUGUUUACCACCUUCUAACACUUUCAAUAAUAAUCACUUUACUUCAACUUUAUCCUUUCCUGUUACUUCAAAAUCAAUAAACUAUAAUGAAUUUCCUACCUAUGUUAAUUCAUUUCAACAGCAACCUUCUCGUGAAAUAACUCCACCUUCUUCUAUAUCUGGAUCAAGUAGUAAUUCACCUAACAGUACUAUCUCUACACCACCUUCUAUGCCUUAUUAUUUACCUCAUCAUUUAACAACUACCGCUACUACUACCACUACUAAUACUACUACUACUACUACUACUAAUAAUAAUAAUAAUAAUAAUAAUAAUAAUAAUAAUAGUAAUAAUAAUAAUUCGAUACCUAUCAUGAAAUUAUCUACGAAUGAAAUUAUUUCAACAUCCACAAAUAAUAAUAAAGGUCGAGGUGCUAUGCGUCGAAAAUCGACCGAUUGUCAUUCUACUCCUACACGUACACAUCGUCGUCGAGCAUCUUCUCACCCUUCUGUUGCUUCUGUAGUCUCUUUAUCAGCUCAUGAACCGGUUGCAAGAGUUAUUGACGGUAUUGAACAUAUUACUUUUCUUUAUUCACAUGAUCGUCUCGUAAAAGAAUAUACAGUUCGUACUGAUGUUGAAAGUGUAAAUUUGGAUAAUAUUCCUGCUACUUUCCGAGUUCAAAAUGCUGUAUGUAUAUGUAUAUUUAUAUAUAUGUAUUCAUUCAUUAUUAAAAUUUACUAUUCGUAUUUAUAUGCAUAUAUAUGUAUAUAAUCAUCCUAUAAUAGAUUUAUCCAAGAGCUAAUGUGGAAAGAGAAGAAUACGACGGUAAUCGUUGGGAAUAUGAAACAAGUUGUAAUAAGCUUGGUUGGAAACUUUGUUGGUUAAAUGAAGACCAACUUUGUGGUCGUCGAGGUCUUAUUCAGCGUGCAGUUGACUCUUAUCGCAAUCGUCAUGCAGAGAUGCGCUCUCGUCGUGUAACACGUCAAGAGAAAGUAGCAAAUGGCACUCUUAGGAAAAGAAGAGCAAAGAAAGUUCAAACUUCCAUUUUAUAAAUAUUCAUCGAUAUUGAUACAUAAUCAUUCUCUCUCUCUCUCCAUUCACUUGCAUAUUAUAACAUUUGUACAUUUUAAAUCAAUAACAACUAUCUAUGCAUAUAACAUAAUUGCUUAUUAAAAAAUGAAUAAUAAUUCUUCUGCUUUUGUACAUA